ACACAACAGACGCACGCUGUAAGCGUUGAGCGUCGCAAAGAGCAGCACACUUACUCGUAGCUGUACUUUGUACGUGUGUGUAAUAAAAUGUUAUCGGUUUCCUUUUUGCCGGUUUCUUAUUCUCUGUCUUCGUCCCAAACGUGGUGUGAGACUGUGUUUGUGUGUGCAUAGUAUGUAAUGGGAAACGUGCGUUGGAGCGAUGUGAAUGCCGGCAGUAUUGUUUGAAUCGUACACCGAUGUUGUUGACUCAUUUUAUGCAAAGUGGCAUUUUUUUUGUUUAAACACACAAAACAAUUUCGUUCAUUAAAAUAAAAUUAGAUUUUUUUUUGUUUUGGCUGGAAAAAGGAGAGAGAGAGAAAAAACAGUGGAGUGACAUUGGUCGAGGGAAAAAUGCGCACAAAAGACUUUGGACGAACAGCCAGCAGGCUGUUCAGUGAAGGUAAAAUGUCACGUAAGCGAUCACGACGUCAGUCAUUUAUUGCGUCAAGUGAAUCGGACGAAACGGACGAUGGUGUUCCCCUCAAACUAUUGAAAUCAAAACCAAACUGGGACCCAUACUGUUGGCUGUGCCAUCAACCAAUCGAUGGCAAUGCCGAUCGCGGUUGCUCAACAUGCAUUCGAUCAUAUCACGAUGGAUGCAUUGGGGUCAAAGAAGCGGCACAACCAAAAACCGACUACCAAUGCGAGCUGUGCAUCAGAAUGGAGGCAGCUAAAGAAGACUACAACAAAAGAAACGUCAACAUGGAACAAAUCAACAGAAUGUUGAAAUAUGUCACAAAGCGCCUACAAGAUGACAAAGACUUCGGCCGCUUCAAAGCUGACAGAUAUGUUUCUCAGCUACGCCAGCCCCACAAUUCAGGCCCGAAUAUCAUAAAUCCAUUCGAUUUGGACAUUGUCAUGGAAAAAGUGGAGCAUUCAAAUUACAUGACCACAUUGGAAUUCAUCAAUGACAUUACAUGGAUCAGACACAAUGCGGAAAUUGUGCUGAACGGCACAGACCAUCGUUUGGAAAUGGCCCGAAACAUGGAGAAAUUAUGCGAUAUGGAAGUGUACGACAUUGAGAUGUGCGGUGAAUGCUUCCAUCGGGCUAGCCAAAAUCCGAAAACAUGGUUCAUCGAAGUGUGCAAUCCGCCUCAUUUGAUAGUAUGGGCCAGAAUGCACGGUCAUCCCUAUUGGCCGGCGAAGGCGAUCAGUUUGGGUGAUGUGGGUAAUAAUAAAAUUGAAGUACGAUUCUUUGGAACACACGAGCGGCAGAAUAUUAUGGUCAGUGAUUGUCUUCUUUUUUCGGCCAAUCCAAACAAAAAAUUCGACAAAGAAAUCGAUGAUGCUAUGAAGGAAGCGGAAAAAUACAUCGAGAAUAUCGAAUCAAAGUAUUCUUGUUCUGUGCAGAGACCAGCGCCAAAAGCACAGUUCAGUAUCCAACGGAUUGGAAAGCAUCUCACAGAUAUGAUUCCGGGGUUGAAGCUGCCAGGUGACUUUAAGUUGAAAAAGAAGCCAACGUACCUAAGAAAGUACCGACGUCGCAAGGGCCCAAGUUCACCUAGAGUCAAAAAUACCAAAUCAUUGGUUCAAGAGGUGGGAACCAAAAUAAAGGUGAUGGAUUGUGUAGUUCGCCUCGAAAUAUGUGACGAUAUGAUCGACAGAAUUUUGAACAGACCAGUGAAGAAGAAGAAGAAAAGUCAAGAUGAACGUCAACAGGACGAACAUGAAGGGGAUGAAAAGGACAAAGACGGUGGUGGAAGAUAUGAAGCUGAAAGAGAUGGAAGUAACAAGGAUGGACGCUUAAGAGAUGGAAACGACAACGAUGGACAUGAAAGAGAUGGUAGUGACAAAGAAGGAGGCCAAAAGAACGCAAAUGAAAUGGACCGAGGUGAAAAAGAGGGAAAUGAACAGGAGAAAGAUGAAGAAGGUGGAAGUGACGAGGCUGUCAAUCAAAAUGAAGAACAUGAAGACGAAAUGAAUGUAUGCGCCCUGAAAAAUUUGGAACAAGAUAAUCUUGUAUGUGAUGAGCUCGAACAACGGUUGCUUCGAGCCAAAAAACAAAUGAAUCGAUUUGAUUUGGUGAUCAUCCCUAUUCGUCAUGAUAGCAAUGAUUGUGCUCCCAAAUGCAUUGAUAUUUCAUCUGAAGAAAGUGAUGAAGAAAUGGAAGUCGAUCAGCCAUCGAACGGUGAUGAGAACACCGAAACUAUUAUGACUCCGCCAAUCCAUACGGACGAACACACACUCAAAAGUCCAGAAUACGAACCACUGGUUAAUGAAACUUCAGACGAUAAAAUCCCAAAUGACACAAAUCCAGCAGAUGAAACAUCGAACAACUCAGCUCCAAAUGACGAAGAGGAGCUUACAUGUCGAAAAGAUCCAACUCCACGCACAUACGAGAGACACAGCAGACGAAUGACGAUUUCGGGUGAAGAAAGAAUGAGCGCCACACGUGUCAAAAAACCAUUAUCAAACGCGAAUCAAGCAUUCAUCGCGCGAAAAUCAUACGGUUCAUUACACACACAAAAUUUGGCUAUUCGAAAAGUACCAACUAAAGAUGAUAAGCCAGUGAAUGUUGCCAGUGUAGCACCUGUUACCAACGGUGAACUGGAUAGUGACUGCGAUACACUGAAAAGUCACAGUUCAACUCAUGAACAAAAGAAGAUACAUUCGGUCAUGGUUCCAAAUUUAUUCGAAGAUUUGGACGACGGGCUUUUCAGUGAUAUGGCCGAUCCUUUCAGUGGUGUUGAUGAUCCGUUCAGGGAUGUUGAAUCUGAAACUGAGCCUCAAUCGCAAUCUGAACCACAAUCACAGUCUGAAUCGGAAUCGGAGUCGGCAUCUCGAACUCACAUUGAAACAGGGGAAAAUACGAAAGAAAGUUCAGAGCAAACGCCAGAAAAAAUACCAGAAAACACAGAACCAGAGCUCGGACCAAAUGCCAGCACCGAAGCACGGGCCAAUCCAAGCAAUAAAUCGAAGAUUGAAUGUUCCGAAGUCGUUUCAUAUACGGGCGAUGAAGACAAACUGGAUGAAAGCAUUGAAUCCACUGCUGAGAGCGAUAAAAACGAACAGAAAGAAGAUGAUACACCAAGAGACGAAACAAUCGACCGAUCCGAUGAGCCUGAACGGAAUGAAGCUCCAUCCAAUGAAAACCUACCAAUCGAUAGCACUUCAGAGCAAGCCACAAAUGAAGGCGGUGUUACGACCGAAUCGAACCAAAAUCCUUUGCCACAAAGAAACACAUCCGUAAAUGAAUCGCCAACGAAUGUCGCAAGUGAAGUAUCAACAAUUGCUGUGGACUCAACUUCCGCACUUCAGCCACUUGAGGAUAUGUUCCAGGUGUUCAAAAACCAAAUCACCAACAAAGAAAAUCUCAUCCAGUUGCAAAAGGUCGAAUUGUUGGAAAAGGAUAAACACAUCAGCGAUUUAUUAGCUCAACGAGAGGUAGUCGAAUCUCAAUUGAACGCGCUGAAACAAGAAAUUCUAACACUGAAACAGGAUCAUGAUGCACAAAUUCAAAAGACCAUUGAAAUUGAAAAGGUGCGUUACGAAAAGGAAAUUCUCCAGCUGAAGACAGAUCAUGAUGCACAGCUUCACAAAGCCAUCAAAGAGACCAAAAGCCAGGAAUGGUGCACAGUGUGCAAAGAGAAAGCAACGCUCAAGAACUUCAAACCGCCUGUUUGUAGCCAAGAAUGUGUGCAACGACUAUGGCUAAAAGACAAGGAAUCUACUCAUACAACGGCUCAGAAUCAGGCCAAUAAUCAGAUUCACGUCAAUGGACAAGUGUUGCUCUCAACUCACGCAAACGUUUCCACGCCAAAUGACCACGAAGAUAUGGAGGAUAUGAGCUUCAGUGAAAUAAGCGAAUUUUGACCCUGUAAGAAUUCAUGCGACCUUCUCGGAUCCAAAGAAAACUAACGAUAUCCGGAAAAUUUACAAUUCUCACCAAUCAACUACUUUUUUUUCUUCCAUCAAACAUACUGCGAAAGAAUUGAAAAAUAUUAAUUUUUAAGCGUUUAUCCAUUGAAUUGAAUUAGUGAAUUAUUUAGUUGUAACUUCGAUAAAGAAAAUGACACUUAUUCAUACAUAUGAAUUAUGUAUUCAAUGAAUAUGACACUCAAUUUUUUCUUUAUAAAA